AUCCUGAGCCUUGGCAAGAAGUUAAAUUCCCCUGCGGAGAAGACCCACGCCCCGCGGCUCUCGAUUUCGCCGGAGGCGAGAAGGCAGCGUCCUGGCGAUCUCCCGCCGCCCAUGGGUCGACGGUCGCAUUCGUCGUCGAGGGCGUGGCCGUGGCGCCAUCUGAGCCCGUCGUACUACCUCAAGCGGCCGGCGCGCCUGGCCCUCCUCUUCCUCGGCUUCGUCUCCGCCACCUUCGCCGCCUGGGACCGCCUCUCCCUCGUCCGCGACUACGAGGUGAGGGCUGAGAUAUCCCGAUUGGAUGAGGAGGUAAAUCGGUUGCAUGACCAGUUAAGAAAGGCUGGAAUUUAUCUGGUUGAAGAUGCAAAUAUUGAUAACAUCGUCAAGAAACAUCAUCUAGAGGUUGACCCUGUUAAUAAUUCAAGGAGAGAAAAGGUUAAGGAAGCUAUGCUUCAUGCUUGGAAUUCAUAUGUAAAGUAUGCCUGGGGACAGGAUGAGCUCCAGCCUCAGUCAAAGAAUGGUGUAAAUAGUUUUGGUGGUCUUGGAGCAACCCUUGUGGACUCACUUGAUACACUAUAUAUAAUGGGAUUGAAAGAUGAGUUCCAGAAGGCUAGAGACUGGGUCGCGGAAUCAUUAAACUUUGACAAGGAUUACGAAGCAAGUGUGUUUGAAACAACAAUAAGAGUUGUUGGAGGUCUCCUCAGUGCAUAUGAUUUGUCAGCUGACAAAAUAUUUCUGGAGAAGGCGAGAGACAUCACUGAUCGACUGUUACCUGCCUGGGAUACAUCAUCUGGUAUCCCCUAUAAUAGAAUCAACCUAGCUCAAGGCCAAGCUAAUAAUCCAGGAUGGAAUAGUGGUAACAGUAUACUUGCAGAUUCAGGAACAGAGCAACUUGAAUUUAUAGCCUUAUCACAGAGGACUGGAGAUCCAAAGUAUCAGCAAAAGGUGGAGAAUGUUAUUAGGCAAUUUGAGAAGAUAUUCCCCAGUGAUGGCUUAAUUCCUAUAAACAUAAAUCCUCAUUCGGGGACCAUGGAAUUGUAUUCAACAAUUACGUUUGGUGCUAUGGGAGAUAGUUUCUAUGAAUACUUGCUCAAGGUCUGGAUACAGGGUAACAAAACUGAAAGUGUAAAACAUUACAGAAAAAUGUGGGAGACAUCGAUGGAAGGUCUGUUAAGCUUGACAAGGAAAACUUCUCCUUCUAAUUUCUACUAUGUGUGUGAGAAGAAUGGGGAUUCAUUAUCUGACAAGAUGGAUGAACUUGCAUGCUUUGUGCCUGGUAUGCUGGCAUUGGGAGCCUCAGGCUAUAGCCCUGAAAAAUCAGAGCAAAUUAUGAAUCUUGCAAAAGAGCUUGUGUGGACCUGUUAUAAUUUCUAUCAAUCGACUCCAACAAAAUUGGCUGGAGAAAACUAUUACUUCCGUGCUGGAGAGGACAUGGUUGUGGGCACAUCAUGGAACAUCCUUAGACCGGAGACUAUUGAAUCACUCAUGUAUUUGUGGCGCUUAACUGGGAAUAAAACAUACCAAGAUUGGGGUUGGGAGAUAUUCCAAGCAUUUGAGAAGAAUUCCCAUAUAGAAUCUGGAUAUGUCGGACUGAAAGACGUGAAUACUGGUACAAAAGACGACAUGAUGCAGAGCUUCUUCCUGGCGGAGACACUCAAGUAUCUGUACUUGUUAUUCUCCCCACCAUCAUUUAUCUCCUUCGACGAGUGGGUCUUCAACACUGAAGCUCACCCACUGAAAAUAGUCACAAGACAUGACAGUGAAGGUAAAGGGUAUCGCUGACUCCAUGAUCAAGCCGCUUGGAAGGAAGCACGGAAAACCUGAGUAGAAUUUGACCAGUGCAGAGUAGAGGAGUUUUACUCAUGCCAUCUGAUCUGGACACGGUAAAGGAAAUCGAUCGUGAUGGAAGUUCAGUCUUGAAAUGGCGAAUGCCCAUUAUCACAGCAUUAGAGCAGGAUGAAACUACAUGCAGAAUGUGGCGGUAUAGGCUGGGUGCUGACAGCUGACCUUUGUGGCACAGUUGAUUACAGAAACAGCGGAAUCAUAGUAUUUAUCGUUCAGUCUCAUUAUAGUUGGAGACUUCUUUUGCCUUAUGGUAUAUGAAAAUUACAGUUAGGAAAUACAAAAUAGUCUAUGACCAACAACUGGGACAGUUGUACUAGCAGGAAAUAGAUUAAAAUCUUUGUAUGCUUCAUGCGGACUGAUAUUGAUGCGACUUUUGUGUGCUUUGAGAUACUUUUGCUUUGAUUGUAGGUAGCAUGCAACAUGUGUGAACAGUGUAAAAUAGUGAUCUGCAGUGGCAGUACUUUGCAACAUAAAAUUGCUGGACAUGCCGAAAUGACAGCCAUUUAUUCAUUAUGACGCGAAAACUGAGCUGUAGAAGGUAAAAUGUGUAUAAAGUCUUUGGCCUUGUUUGUU